GCCCUCAGUUCUCCAGUUGAGCUCUUGCAGUGGGUACUAGCUGGCUUGUCUGAAGCAUCCAUGGAGCUUUGAAACUCAACCUGUUUUUUUUUGCUUGUUGCAUGAACGACUGGUGGCUUUGUACCUUGCUCGUGCUGUCUUCAUUCAGGAGCGUCUUGUACUUUAUUUUCUCUCUUUUCCCCCUCGCUUACUGGAAUAUCUCUUGUGUUAUAUGGGGGCUUGAUUUGAAUAACAGUGCCAGAAGAUGUGUAAACCUUGAACAGGAGGAACCUCUGGUUGUUUUUAAACAAAAAGGACAGAAAAACCUGGAGAAAGCAAGCUUUCCUUGUUAGAAAAAGGACGAGUGACAGAGCAGCUCUCUGUCACUUAAAUUGUUUACUGUGUCCUCAAGAAGUAUUAUCAGCAACAAGAAGUACAGAUUCCCUGGUUACACAAGUGGACAGCACCAAUCAAUGUCCAUACUGGGUGUUCCUUAGUUGUGACAACCCUGAAUUGAAUGUCAACUGAUUGAACAGAUAAGGGCCUGCGUUUUAACUCCACGGCUAUGUAACGUUAUACCAGGAAUCCCACCUACUUUAUUCUGGAGACUGUUCUCUCCAGUAGCAGGACUACAGACUGGAGUUUUUCCUCUGCUUGCUAACUCCCUGCUUGCUGCUGAAGAAUCCAGCUAGGAAUCUGCAAGAAUUUGGUUUGGGCUGAAACAAAAAAGGAAAUUUAAAAAAGGACUUCUCAAGCUUUUAAAAAAGACAAAUAUAUGCAAGAAGCUGAAAUCUUUUCAGUACCUUUUCUUGAAUAGAGGGAAGAUCUCACUGAGAGCCUGGAAUGUGUACACUGGAAUGUGUGGGGGAUUUGCCUGUGUAAGUGGGAUAAUGCAAAGUUACUGAUGUGUGCCUGAACUGAAACAUUGAACAGAGCAAAAGGACCCUGCCAGAGGCUGAAUGCAUGCCACUCUAGCCGAUUCUGGUCAAUUUCAGAUGGUACAAGAACUGAAAACACAGCAAAGAAGAUCAUAGCAAGUGGACAAAAAGAUAAAAGUACAAGUAAUUUUACCUCCAAAUGCUACUACAAGCAAUGGGUAUGAAAACAAGUUUGUUGCUCUGGGUUACCAUACCAGCAUUUUUGAUGCCAUGUGUCAUGUCUACAUGUCCUACUAUGUGUCGAUGUGACAAUGGAUUUGUCUACUGCAACGACCGAAGCUUGACAUCCAUUCCUGCCAAAAUACCAGAAGACUCAACGACUCUCUUCCUUCAAAACAACCAGAUUAACAAUGCUGGGAUCCCCAACCAACUGAAGUACCUUCUGAAUAUAAAAGUGAUUUACCUUUAUGAAAAUGUUUUGGAUGAGUUCCCUAUAAACCUUCCUAGAUCUCUGAAAGAGCUGCAUCUUCAAGACAAUAACAUUAGGGCCAUUACACACGAUGCACUUUCAAGGAUUCCCUUGUUGGAAAAGUUACAUUUGGAUGAUAACUCAGUGUCAACGGUCAGCAUUGAGGAAGAUGCUUUUGCUGACAGUAAACACCUCAAAUUGCUAUUUUUGUCCAGGAACCAUUUAAGCAGCAUCCCCACUGGUCUUCCUAAAACACUGGAGGAACUGAGGCUGGAUGACAACCGGAUUGCAACCAUCCCACACUAUGCUUUCAAAGGCUUGGUCAGCUUAAGGCGCCUGGUACUGGAUGGCAAUCUUUUAGCUAAUCAAAGAAUAGCAGAUGAAACUUUCAGCAGACUUCAAAAUCUGACUGAACUUUCAUUGAUUAGGAACUCUUUAAUUUUUCCACCGCCAAAUCUACCUGCUUCCAAUUUACAAAAGCUGUAUCUUCAGGAUAACCUCAUUAGCUACAUUCCAGCCAAUGCUUUUUCUAAAAUGAGACAGAUACAACGGUUGGACAUAUCCAAUAACAACUUAACAACUUUACCCAAAGGAGUCUUUGAUGACCUGGCGAACUUGAGUCAACUACUCUUGCGCAACAACCCUUGGUAUUGUGGCUGCAAAAUGAUGUGGCUCAGAGACUGGUUACAAACAACUGCAUUUCACAUCAAUGUGCGAGGGCUUAUGUGCCAAGGGCCUGAUAAAGUUCGAGGAAUGGCAGUCAAAGAUAUCAAUACAGAAAUGGAUGAGUGUUUUGAGAUCAGCUUGCAUGGCAGCAACACAGCUGUGAAAACAACCCCAAUUGUUCGUACAGCUACUGCCACUCAAGGACUGCAAUUCACGUACAAACCGAGACAACCAAAUCUGAAGCCACCAGAUACAGCUGUGGACUAUCCUUUGUCAAGGGGGCCAGGAACAAAGCCGAUAAUCAUUAACGUGAUGCCUUUAACUGCGGACAGCAUUCGUAUCACAUGGAGGGCAUCACUACCAGUCACAUCCUUCAGGCUCAGUUGGCUCAGACUAGACCAUAAUCCAUCUGUGGGUUCUAUCACUGAAACCUUGGUACAAGGAGACAAGACUGAGUAUCUUCUCACAGCCCUUGAACCCAAGUCAACCUACAUCAUAUGCAUGGUUACAAUGGAGGCCAGUAACUUCUAUGUAAGGGAUGAAACACCAGUAUGUGCUAAAGCAGAGACCGCAGACUUAUAUAGUCCCACCACAACGUUAAACAGAGAGCAAGAAGAAUCGGACCAAGUAGGCCUUCCCUUAGCUGGUAUUAUUGGAGGCGCAACAGCCUUAGUGUUCAUUGUCGUUGCCCUUGCUGCAAUAUGCUGUUACAUCAACAACAACAGGAAUGUUUUUUCACACGAUCAGGUGUACAACAGAGGUUGCAGGAAAAAGGAUGAUUAUGCUGAAGCUGGGACAAAGAAAGAUAAUUCCAUUUUAGAAAUCAGAGGGAGUGGCUUUCAGAUGAUUCCACUCAAUAACCAACAGCGACCAAAGGAGGAAUAUGUGAUUCACACCAUAUUUCCAUCCAAUGGGACAAGUCUUUACAAGAACACUCACAGUACAGCCCUCAGCAGUAACCGAGGUUACAGAGACGGUGGGAUACCAGAUGCUGAAUAUUCUUACACGUGAUUGCAGUGAUGCCUCAUAAUGUGAUCAUCUCUGCUGCACUGCACACAGAAGAUAUUAAACAAAAAACAUAAAAAAUGUUAGGAAUAAAACACACAAAGUCCAGCAGAAAAUGCCUGGCACAUAUUUUGUACAUUUGUCACAUAAUUUAUAUUUAAUAUGCUUAAAGAUUUAAAAAAACAACUGGACACUUAGAAAGAAAACACAGCUACCUAAUUGUGUACAAGCCAGUUUUUCUUUUCGCAUUUUGAGUUAGAAGUGGGAUAAAGGAUGAACAACCUGUUUUGGAAAUACAGUCCUAAGGCAAUCUAAAGACACAAUCCUUUAUAGUGUCACACAGGUAAACAUCUUGGUGAAGAAUUCACAAGCCAUGAUAUUUUUCCCCCACCUUGGAGAUUUACAUUAUGCAGUUAAGCAAAAAGCUCAACACACACACACAGUCCUGUUUCCUUAUGCACAAUUUAAGGCUUUACCACCAUCCCCCCCACCACCACUGUCCCG